UUUCGACAUGAAAUACUCGAUUAUUUUUCUGGCUCUGCUGUCCUUUGGUCUUGCUGACAAGAUCAAAUACGACAACUUCCAAGUGUUUGACAUCUACGUGAAAAAUUUGAAUGAAGUGAAGUUACUUCAAUCCAUCACGGAUGUCGAUGAGGAACGUGCCUUCUUACAGAUGGGAGACACUCCGAUGAUCGGAAAAUCCUAUCCGAUUGCUGUGAGUCCGAAAAAUGUCGAGUUUUUCGUGAAGGAAUUGAAAGCCAACAAAAUUGCGUAUCGUGUUGUCGAGAAAAACUUGCAAAAAGUCAUCGAAGCUGACGAAAUUGUCAACAAGAGAAGUCAUCGUCGCUCAAAUGGGGAACAUGACUGGACCAGCUAUCAAACUUUGGACGAAGUAAAUGCGUGGUUGGAUAAAAUGGUAAAAGAACAUAAGGUAUUAACUCCAUUGGUUGGCGGUGAAACUUAUGAAAAACGUCAAAUUCGUGGCGUAAAGUUGUCUCACAAAGAAGGCAAUCCCGGAAUUUUCAUCGAAGGAGGAAUUCAUGCUCGCGAAUGGAUCACAGUUGCAACAACAACUUUCAUGCUCAACGAAUUGCUCACAAGUCAAAAUGAAACAAUCAAGGAUUUAGCUCAAAAUUAUGAUUGGUACUUUUUCCCGAGCGUCAAUCCCGAUGGUUAUGUUUAUACUCAUGCAAAAGACAGACUUUGGCGCAAAACUCGUAAACCUUAUGGAAAAUGUGUUGGCGCCGAUCCAAACCGAAACUGGGAUUUCCAUUGGAAUGAAGUUGGAACAAGUGACAAACCAUGUUCUGAUAUCUUUGCUGGACCAGAAGCUUUCUCUGAAGUCGAAACAAAAUCCCUUUCAAACUUUGUCAAAGGUCUCGACGACAUUAAAGUUUACUUGGCUUUCCAUUCGUAUUCGCAACUGAUUCUCUUCCCUUACGGCUAUACCGAUGAACAUGCUCCCAAUCACGAUGACCUUCAACAAGUUGGUGAUGCGGCAAAAGAUGCACUCGCAAGACGCUACGGCACAAAAUACACUGUCGGCAACAUUUAUGAUGCAAUUUAUCCAGCAGCUGGAGCUUCAAUGGAAUGGGCUUAUGGAGCAUUAGACGUUAAAUUGGCUUACACAUACGAACUUCGUCCUGCAGGCAAUGAAUUAUUCGGCUUUGUUCUGCCGCCAGAACAGAUCAUCCCAACAUCACUCGAGACACUGGACUCUGUCGUCGCACUCGUGCACGAAGGCGAAAAAUUAGGAUACUUUAAACAAUAAGCACACUUCACUAACGAGACGUGAAAUUAUCAUAAUAAGCCCCUAACCGUUUAAGACAAAACAGAUUGUCUCGUUCCCGCAUAUCAAUGACAAAUGAACAAUAAAAAAAACAAGAUUUAAUAAAUAUGUCAUAUCAUAUCAAUUUAAUCUCUGUACAAAGUGUAACUUUUGACUUUAUUAAUAUUUUGCACCCCUCGCGUUUGCUCAGUAGACAAAUAAAUCGUAAUUGUUGCAUUACAAAUUACAUAUGUUUGGUAACAAGGGCUGUUACAGGAGAAGAAUUUUUGGUCUGUAUUUAAAAAUAGAGUGUGAAAAAUGACACUAAAUGGCAGGCUAAGCAGGUGGAUUAGUUCACAUAAGUAGAAAAGUGACGUAAAGUUGCGCUAAUAUGGUCCAGAUAUGGAACUCUAACAAGGGUGAAAUUUGUCAGGUGCAUUUGUUCUUUUCAGAUUUUUUUUCAUAAAUUUAUGAAAUAUGAAAAUUUUUCAAUAAAUUAUCGAAAUUGUGAUUCAUAAAAGUUA